AUGAUCUGCAAGCUGGACAGUGUGCUCAUGACCCAGAAGAAAUUCAUCUUCCACUAUAAGAACGUGCGCUGGGCUCGAGGGAGACACGAAACCUACCUUUGUUUUGUAGUAAAAAGACGCAUCGGCCCUGAUUCCCUCUCUUUUGACUUUGGACACCUGCGCAAUCGCUCCGGAUGCCAUGUAGAGCUGCUCUUUCUGCGUCACUUGGGUGCAUUGUGUCCGGGCCUGAGCGCUUCCAGCGUGGACGGUGCAAGAUUGUGUUACUCAGUGACCUGGUUCUGUUCCUGGUCGCCCUGCUCUAAAUGCGCUCAACAGCUCGCCCACUUCCUGUCGCAGACACCCAAUCUGAGGCUGAGGAUCUUUGUGUCACGUCUGUACUUCUGUGAUGAAGAGGACAGCGUGGAGAGAGAAGGUCUGCGACACCUGAAGAGGGCAGGAGUUCAGAUCUCGGUCAUGACUUAUAAAGACUUUUUCUACUGCUGGCAAACGUUUGUCGCGCGGAGGGAGCGGAGUUUUAAAGCCUGGGAUGAUCUUCAUCAAAACUCUGUCCGGCUUGUACGAAAACUCAAUCGGAUUCUGCAGCCUUGCGAGACUGAAGAUCUGAGGGAUGUUUUUGCUCUCCUUGGGUUAUGAUGACAAAUAUGAGACUUACAAAUCAAUGAACACUGAGAUAUGACCUGAAUGGGAUGAAGAGAAAUGGUGCUGUUAUUACCUGAGACUUGAAUCCUUUGACUUGAAUUUGACUGUAUUCUGAUCUUGUACUGUAUGUA